CACCAAACCACCCGCACCUCCAUACCGCCAACCACAUCAACACCAACAAUACUUGCGACUCUUGCUAUUGCUAGACCUGUCGUCGCAUACAAUAUAUAACAAAGAGAGCCCGAACAAUCGCAUUACCAUCUUCGUCGCGACUGCCCGUUGCACUUGUCGCUUGCUGGGAUCCGUCAUCGCUCGCGACGCGCUGCAAAUGAAAACAACAAACUGUCGCGUCUAGCCCACUCCACAUAUCAUCCCGACAUCCCGAGGGUGCUACCAGCCAUUGCUCAAGACAUCUAUAGCUCAUAGCAUAUACCGACAACAUAAAUGUUUUAUUCGGAGGCUCUCCUGUCCAAGACGGGGCCUCUGGCUCGCGUCUGGCUGUCGGCCAACCUUGAACGCAAACUUUCCAAAACACACAUUCUGCAAUCAAGCGUCAAGGACAGCGUCGAUGCCAUCGUUAACCCUGGCCAAGCGCCAAUGGCAUUGCGUCUCAGCGGCCAGCUUCUUCUCGGCGUGGUGCGAAUUUACAGCAGGAAGGCGCGCUAUCUUCUCGAUGACUGUAAUGAGGCAUUAAUGAAGAUUAAGAUGGCAUUCAGAAUCUCCAGUAACAAUGAUAUACCCGCUGGACUUCACAUGCCAUCACGCGACACUCUUCUGCUUCCUGAUGUUUUGACUGAAGGUGAUAACCUCGAGAUGCCACCGCUGCCAGAUGCAUCCUUCUUAUUAUCGCAAAUGGAGGAUGACACUCUGAAUACACCACGCAAACGCCGCGCAGGAAGCCGCGAUAUCAACCUACAUGAAGAUUUCAACCAAAGCCAAUACCUCCAAAAUAGCAUGGUCGAAUCACAGAAAUACCCAGACGAUGAAGUUAUCAUGGCGGAUGACCUCGAGCUGGACCUAGAUUUUGGAGAGGACAUCGAUCUACGCGCUGACGGAAGCCUUGAAAUGGGCCGAGACGCACCUGCAGCACGCGAACUCGGUGAUGAUAUCGGAGACACCCAACUUGAUAUCUUCGGCAAAGAUACUACCCUUCUCGGCCGUGACCGACAGCAAUCCGUUCAAGUCAGCAUAGCCGGAGACGACGAUGGAUUUCACUUCCAAGGCGAUGAUGGGGAUAUCAACAUGGGCGAUGCAAACAACUUCCCCCUCGGUGAUGAGAGUCUUCACAUGACCGGCCUUCCUGACCGUGGACGCAUUUCAGAGUCACCGCUCUCUGAUAUCGACCCCGAACAGGAGCGUGAGAUACUAGAAGAACAUGCGCGCAACGAAGAAUCUGCUCUUUUUGAGCCUAUCGAAGAGACAGACACAUCUAUUUUCAGGGAACCCGCCCAACGCGCCCGAAAGCUCAAGCUCCUCAAGCCCGACGAGGACACCAUUAUCCCUUCAGCAGUUAUCAAGGCCCAGCAACAAGAUCGAUCUAAGAUCCUGCGUCCUGAGUCCUUCCUACCAAGAGAUCCUACGCUCUUUGCCUUGGUGGAGAUGCAGCGCAACGGCGGCUUCGUCAGCAACAUCCUGAGAGACGGCCGAUCUUCCGGCUGGGCACCCGAGCUCCGCGGCAUCCUCUCCCUCGACGCCAUACUAUCUUCCCGAGCCCAGAAGCGCAAGCGUGACAGCGGCAUUGCAGAUAUGUCCGGCGAUGAGGACGAACAUGCUGCCAAGUCGCCGCGCCUUCAGCUAGACCUUGAUCUCGGCGAGGAAGAUGCCUUCGGCAACAUCAGCGCUGCGGCCGGAUUCGGCGCUGAGUCACAAGCGAACGGUACGAUCCUUGAGAUCCCCGCCGAUGAUGGAUUCGUCCCAAUGAAUGAUGAUGACAACAAUUUCGGACGCCCAGACUCCCGCGGUAGCGAACGCGAAAGAGACGGCAGCGAGAACCCCGAGCACAACUUCGACGAGACCAGAGCCCCACUCGUCCACCCCACCGACUCUGGACCAGUCUCCCUAGGUACCACCCACGCUGUGCAUCUGCUCCGCGACCGUUUCGGAGCUGAGGCCGCCAACAGCCCAGAGAAGCGCAAGAAGGCCAGCGUGAUGUUCCAAGACCUGCUCCCGGAACGUGGCACGAGCAAGGCGGACGCGACGAAGAUGUUCUUCGAGGUCCUGGUGCUCGCUACUAAGGACGCGGUCAAGGUGGAGCAGACGCAAGGCGAGCUCGGAGGACCGAUACGCGUGAGAGGCAAGCGUGGUCUUUGGGGCAGCUGGGCGGAGAGGGAGGCUGGUGGCGAGAUCGCCGAGGAGCUGGGGGAUAUGGAUCAGAUCCUGGAGCAGGCGAGGGGACUCGUUUCUGUUGAUGCGUAAAUGGCUACUUCCAGGGAGGGUUCAUUUCUUACGGCGACUAUGGAAGACGGAAAAUCGACUCCAAAUGCACCAAUCUUGUCUUCGUUCGGGAGUACCGUGGAGGGAGGAGGCGUUCUGGGAUUUGGGCGUAUGUGUAUCUAUUCCUUAGUUGCUCAUCGCUGGAAACGGCGUUUAUGGUGGGUGGUUAUCGAGAUGCGAAGAUUCCAAUUUUUUUUAAAAGGGGUGUUGGGGAGUUUGCAUGUGUUCACGCAUGAGGGGCAUAUGAGGUGGAAUGGAUAGUAUAAUCCUGCGGUGGGUUCCUUGAGAAGGAACUUUAAAUGUUAUGAGAAUUGCAUUGAUUAAGAAGGGCACUGUAACAGCUCUCCCUUCCAUGUAAGAUUACCAUAUAAUUAAUUACAACUAACUCUUGAGAAAUAUUACUUCUACAUAGCAACCAAGCCCAAGGCGAAAAUAACCGCCAAAACAGUCAACCUCUCAUCCAUAGCCACCAUCCCCGCACCCCCUCCAAGCCCAUCACCCGCAUUGGCAUCGGGCCUGCUCCCACCAAUUCCAUCACCCUUAUCGCUCCCACCACUGUUGCUCCCACCCCCAUCACCACUAGGCACAGAAACCUGCACCCCACUCCCAUCCGUCCACGGAUACUGAUUCGGCGUCAACACCACCGUCGACUCCACGACCUUCUCCCACCCCACCAGCGGAUUCACAAGACGACUGAUUCGCGCUCUCCGAAAUCCUAUUCGUGACCGCAAUAGGCAAGUUAAAAACAGUAUAGAGCUCCGUAUCAUUAAGCUGAAGCUCUGGUGAAUCGAGACAUUAUACGCGCCCCUCGGGCCCCCCCUGGCGCACGAGCCAUUGCGUCUUGGGCUGUCUGUCGCCGGAAAGAUAGGCGGGCCACAGCCAGUUCACGUGCUUGACUGUGCUGCCGGGCUCCUGGGUCAUGACGACGCCAUCUUCGCUGUUGGAGGAGGCGAUGGUGAGUUUAGACCGGUGGUGUAGGAGGAGAGGAAGAUGGUUAUGGCGUGGAGUUGGCUGGGGGCGGAGUCUUUAUAUGGGGGGAGGCCGAGCUUGCCGUUGCCAGAGACGUCGAUGGCGACUUGGAGGAUUUCUGGGGGGGGUUAGUUGGGCAGUAGCAUGUAUAGUGAGGGCGUGAUAUGAGAGAGGAUGGGAGCGAUGAAUGGGAUAUUAUUCCAAGUGAAGGCAAUGGAGAACUUACCACCACCGAGCGGCGUGUUGGGCUGGGGCGCGUUCGCCAGUCCUGGUGUAAAGAUUUGGCCAUUGAUAAUUGUAAAGUUAUCGCCGUGUGCGGUGGCAGCGAGCAUGAGCGCAGCCAGCGCCACGGAAAGAGUCAAGGGCAUCAACAUAGCGACUCAGAAGCUUCACUCGCGCCAAUUGAAGGCACUUCAAAGAGAACAAUGCGUAACGACAGUCAAAGAUGAAGACAUGAAAGUGCCCGCCAAGUCAGGCGCGACUAGGGAAGGCAUGGUGAACUCGGCGAUGUCCAAGCUUCCUUCCUUUCUCGGAUCCCGGCUUGAAGGGGUCGUACAUGUCAUGCAAUAGGUGCAUGAGUUAAGUUCUGUGUUGGGUAAUAUGGGAGAGUGGCAUGGGUUAGUGACGGAGGCCGGCCCGAAUCUUCUAUUGUAUGCAGUUGAGGGCUGUCAAUGUAGAUUGAGAGCAGAUUGAUUUCUAGUGACGGUCAAAGAUAUGAAGGAU